AUGUAUAAAUAUAUAUUCAAAAUAAUCAUACUAAUUAUUUCUUUUUUUUCCAGGAAAAAAAAUAUAGGUUUUGUGGUUGUUCAUAUUGGAGCAGGAAGUCAUACUAAAGUAUAUGAAAAUCAAUAUAAAAAGCUUUGUAAGAGAGCUUGUAAAGAAGCUAUGGAAUGGGUUCAGUCAGGAGGAAAAGCGGUAGAAGCAGUAGAAAAGGCUAUACGGUUAUUAGAAACAAAUGAAUAUACAAAUGCAGGUUAUGGUUCGAAUUUGACAUUGAAUGGUGAAGUGGAAUGUGAUGCUUCAGUAAUGGAUGGUUUUUCUGGAAAAUUGAGUGCAGUUGGUGCUCUUAAAAAAAUAGAACAUCCAAUUUCAGUAGCAAAAGCCCUUCUUGAUACACAAGAUGAUUUUUUAUCUUUAAACAGGAAUCAGCCUGUGUUAGUAAUUCUUGUUGGUGAAGGGGCUACAUCAUGGGCAAUUCAAUAUGGAAUAUCAGAAGUGGAUCCAGAAACACUUAUUUCUCCGAAAUCUCGUGCAUUGUGGGAAAAAUGGAAGAAAGAAUUAGAUGUUGCAAAGGUAUUAAAUAUUGAGUCUAUUUCGGACACGGUGGGUGCCAUUGUUGUUGAUAAUAAUGGUAUUUUGGCAGCUGGAUCGAGUUCUGGAGGGAUUGCUAUGAAGUAUCCUGGAAGACUUGGACUGGCUGCUGUUCCAAUAGCUGGAACAUGGGUUGAAAUGAAUGAAGAUGGAACAGGUGUAGCGGUUAUAUGUUCAGGUUCUGGGGAGCAAAUUAUUGCUACAGGUCUUGCGAGAAAAUGUUGUGAAAGAAUUCUUGUAGGUAAAGAUUUAUUAAAAUCAACAAAAAAUUGUAUUGAGAAAGACUUUCUUUCAUCACGAGUAGUUCGAGGAUGUAUUCCUUUUGCUGGAUUGGUUGUUGUAAAAACAGAAUUAUUAGAAGAUAAUCAUUAUGCAAUACAUUUUCUUUUUGCACAUUGUACUCCAUCAAUGGGAAUUGGCUAUAUCUUUUCUAAUGAUACAGAGUCAAAAGUUGAAAUUUCUGAAAAUAAAAAAUCUCCUAAUUCAUUUGUUUAUUCCGGAAAUUCGAAGUUGUUUAUGUAA